ACUUAGCAAUAGCAGUGCAAAUAUAUUGAAUUGGAUACGCACAGCAAUGAAAGUUACUCUGCUUACUGUGGUCACAGUCGCCGCAGUGGUGUCCCUGGCAACAGCCGCGGAUCCAGAAUGCCUUUACCGCAAGCUACGUGGCCUGACGCCACACUGGCCCAAUCCCGCUGACUGCGCCAGCUACUAUCGCUGCAACUCUAAGGAUAUUAUGCGUCCCAUCAAAUGCCCCGAAGGCAAAGAAUAUAAUCCUAAGAAUGGCAAAUGCGGUACUGCAGGACGUGGCUUGUGUACACUGACGCUAAGCGCACCUUUGACUGAUCCUGCAAAUAUUUGCGCUAAUGAAGUGAAUGGUGCAUAUUUGGCCAAGGAAGGAAGCUGCACCGAGUUCUACAUUUGCUCCAAUCAACAGGCAUACACACAGAAGUGUGAUUCAGGCUCCUAUUUUAAUGGAGGUACUGAAUGUGUGCCAGAUACAGACGACACUUGUUGGGAAAAUGCGUGCAUAGGCAAAAAGGAUGGCAACUAUUUGACCAACACUGCAAGUUGCCGGGACUAUAUCACCUGCCAAAAGGAGCAGGCCACAUUAGAAAGCUGUCCAGCAGGAUCCCUCUUUGAUGCUAACCUGCAGAUGUGCCGCACUGACGAGAAGAACGAGGAGUGCUGGGAGAACUACUGUAUUGGCCAGCCGUCUGGAGAGUAUUUGGCCAAUAAAGAUGACUGCGGCGCCUUUUACAUUUGCUACAAUGACAGUCCAGUGCCCAGCAAAUGUUCGCCAGGCACCUUUUUUAACAUUUCUGGACCUCAUUGCCAGCCCGGCGAGUGCCCCAGCGAUGACACCACCACUACCAGCACCACCACAGUGCCCACACCCGGAGAAUGUGACUGCGCCAAUGGCGUCAAACAUGGCCAAAUGGUGCCAAAUGAGAACAACUGCCGUAAAUUUUUCACCUGCAACAACGGCGAACUUGUGUCUGGCGAUUGCUACACGGGUAACUACUUUAAUCCCAAGCUUGAAUGCUGUGAUAGAGAUGUGGACAACAUUUGUCCCGAGAGCUCCGAUGAAGACUGCAUCAAUGGCGAAGUGGCCGCCAAUGUCGACAAAUGCAAUAAGUACUACGAAUGCUGUGGAGGCAGCUGGCAGUCCAAGACCUGUGACAGCGGUGACUAUUUCUUUGAGGGUCAAUGUCAACCCGACACCAAAAAUGAAUGCCCGGAAACUGACGAUUCUGUGGAGGACACCAAGAUUGAGGACUUCAUGGAGUGCGCCGCCGAUGAGCCCACAAGGCGCACUGACAACUGCUUUAGCUAUUUGGCCUGCAUGCACGGACGCUGGGAGCAGCUAUCGUGCAGAGCUGGUUACUACUACGAUGCCUUCAGGCACAUCUGCAAGCUGGAUGAGCUAAAUGUGUGUCCCGAGAAUCAGCCGGCCAAGGAGCGUGCCAGACGCAGCGCUGAGCAGCCGCCAGCCGCAAACUGCACCUGCCCGGAUGACAUGGAACAAGGCGCCAUGACAGUGCAUCCCACAGACUGCGAUAAGUAUUUAAUUUGCAACAAUGGUGAGCUGGUAGAAGGUACCUGCGGCCAGGGCAACAUUUUCAGCACCUGCAACAACAUUUGCGUGCCCGACACCGAAGGCACCUGCUGGGUCUGCGCCAAUCGACCAAACGGCUAUCAAAUGGCCGAUCCCGAUGACUGCACCAGCUACUACAUUUGCAACAACGGCCUGGCCAAUGAGAUGAGCUGCCGUGCUAGCGAACGCUACGAUGCUGGCUCCAGCGCCUGCGUUGUGGACGUCACUGGCGUGUGCCUGAAUCCCUGCAGCUGCGGCACCGGCAUAGCUGCCCAUCCCAUCUGCAACAAGUACUAUCAGUGCACCGAUGGCACGCCCCAAGUGGUGGAGUGUCCAGCUGGCCAAGGCUUCGAUGCUACCGCUGAAGCCUGCUCGGCUAAGGUUACCUGCGCUGCUAAUCAGUGCGCUACAGCUCCCGAUGGCCAAACUUUCCCAGUGGCCGGCGAUGAUAACGCUUACUAUGUGUGCCUCGACAAUGAAGCUGGCAUUAGAUUGUGUCCAGUAAACUCCAUCUAUGACGAUGUGCUGGGCAUUUGUUUGGCUCAACCGGCCCUGUGCUCCUGCAAUCAAAAUCUGUGCAAUAACGCGAACAUAAACAUGCCCUAUCCUUCCUUGGACAACGACAACACCACCUACUGCUUGUGCCAAUCUGAUGGCGCCUAUCUGAAAAACUGCCCCACUGGCUAUAGCUUUGAUGAGGAAGAGGGCAUUUGCACCUUUACCACGCCCUGCGAUCCACGCUCUUGCAUCGACCAAGAGAAGUACCACGUAAGUGCGGACUAUCAGGAUCAGAAUAACUUCUGCCUCUGUCGCGCAGGUCAACCCGUUUCAGUGCCCUGUCCCAUUGGUUAUACCUUUAGCAUCAAAACCAUGAUGUGCGUCGUUAUAGUGCAGCCAGAUCCUCGCUGUUGCCGCAAUUAUUGCGUAGGUAAGCCUAACUAUGAAACCUUCCCAGCCAUAGACAUUGAAGAGGGCUACUGCACGUGCUUGGACGAUGUGCCAUCCUAUCACAAUUGUCCGGCUGAUAAGAUAUACUAUGAUGACUUGGGCAUUUGUCUGAAACCUUCUAAUAUUGAAUGCAACGAUCCUAUAUGCGGCUCAACUGUGUGUCCAAAUGGUUUGGAUGGCGAAGCAUUGGUUGCACCUAACGAGCCCAGCGGUUACUGUUAUUGCCAGAAUAUGUGCGGCGUGUACAACCAAUGUCCAGAUGGCAAAUUGUUUGACCAAAUUAUGGGAAUAUGCCUCGAUGCAGCGCUGGACUAUUGCCAAUGUCAACAAUGCUCCGAUCUGCCUAAUGAGGCUACCUUCCCCUCAUCCAAUGCAGAUGAUCCCACCAGCUACUGCUUGUGUCAAGGUGGCACGGCUAUGUACAAAACCUGCGGCAGUGGCAAUCGCCUGAUCUAUGAUGUGGAGCUUGGCAUCUGCGUGCCAAAUCAGGCUCCCAGUACAGUGUGCAAAACUGGACUCUGCGCUAAGCAGCCGGAAAACACUGCGCUGCCAGCAUUGAAUACAACUGCAGGCUUCUGCGUCUGCGUAUCCAACGUGCCAGUCUACGAAGCUUGCCCAGGAGGCGCGACAUUCGAUGAUGUCCUCUGCAUUUGCAUAAAUACCGGACUCCAAGCGGCAAUUGUCGAGCAAUACAAGUGCGAUGUGCAGCAGUGCAAGCAGCGCAGUCAUGUGGGACCCUUUGCAGCCAGGGAUGAUGCUACCGGGUUCUGCAGCUGCGAGAUGGAUGGUGCUGCGACUUAUCACAGCUGCAGUCCGGGACAUCUGUACGAGGCCAGUCUGAGCACCUGCAUUGUGGACGCGUGCGAUCACAUGGAGUGCCGACAGCGCAAGCAGUUUGAGGCUUUUGCGGCUAAAAACAGUACGAAAGGAUUCUGCGCCUGCGACGUUGUACCCAGCUAUCACCACUGCCGUGAUGGCUAUGUCUUCGACAUCGGCCUGGCCGUAUGCGUGCCGGACUUCCAGCUAGCGAAGCCAAUGCCACAUGAGAUUCAGAAGCGCUCUGUGCCGCAAGAGGAAAAAGUAAGAUCGAUAUCAUUGUUCAAGAGAUUUCUACAGAAGCUUACAUAAAACGGAACGUCUCACGCCUCACUGACUUAUGCUUUAUAAUCAACUUAAAACUUACUCAUAUACAAUACUAUAUAUGCACAUAUCCACGCUUGUCUAUUUGGAGCUAUGA